AUGUCUACAUCUACAGUUUUGCGAGUCAAAAGAAGAUUGGAGGAAAAUCCUCAAGAUGCUUUGGUACUCUUGUGUAAGCGAGUAAAAACCGACAAAGAGGAAAUAGCACCCUCUUUAUUCGUUUUUAGAGGAACCGUAGAAAAUGAGGAACCACUACUUGUGAAGAAUGUUGUACCUAAGGAAGAAUUGAAACAUAAAUCUAUACCCAAUGUAACUGAUAUUAUAUAUAAAAUUAGAAAGGAACGGAAAGAUAUCUCAACUGAAAAUCGUUAUGAGGUUAUCAGAUGUUGUAGAGGUUUGAAAGAUGACAAUAGUGAUAGCAAUGAUGACAUUUUCGAUUUAGUAGAUUUAGCAAAAGCAAAUGAUAAGGAAAAAGAUGUUGGAUAUACAUAUGAUGUGUAUACAUCUGCUAAGCCAGAUUUUGAUGUUUCUAUGUUGGACGAUUUGGUAAGCAUUGAAAACUAUGAGACAGAUCUGAUAUUUGGCUCCUAUAGAGACAAUGGUCAGUUACCAUCAGAUGCAGAGGCUGAUGAUGAAGAUGAUUCUAAUGAUGAGAAUAACUGGAGGAAUGAAUAUCCAGAUUCGGAGCCAAGUAGCAUUGAUGAAGAUGAUAUGAUACAAGCAAUGGAAAAAUGUGACAUAGAAGAUAAUCUAUCCAGUGACACGGGUGAAGACAAGAUCUAUGAUGAUCCACCAGAUAUUUUCAAUGAAGAUGUCAAACGCUAUGGUGCUGCUUACGCAAAAUACAAGGCAAAAAUAAUGUCUGAAGACCCAAGUCUGUCAGACAGUAGAAACCUUGUCCACUGUACCAGAGUGAAAGAUUUGGACGAAGAAUCUAUAGAGGGAUACAAAGAAGACAGCGAUGAUGGAUUUUACUAUGGUCAAGAAGAGGACUCUGAACAAUUUCGGGAACAAUAUGGUCGUGACUCAUCUGAUGAGUACAGCCCGGAUUGA